AUGACGACCAUGGAUUUGCGUGUCGGUAAUAAGUACCGCAUUGGCCGCAAGAUCGGUAGUGGUAGUUUCGGUGACAUCUACCUUGGCACCAACAUUAUCUCCGGUGAGGAGAUUGCCAUCAAGCUCGAAAGCGUCAAGGCCAAGCACCCCCAGCUUGAAUACGAGGCCCGUGUCUACAAGUCUCUCGCCGGUGGUGUCGGUAUUCCCUUCGUUCGUUGGUUCGGUACCGAAUGUGACUACAAUGCCAUGGUCAUCGACCUCCUUGGUCCCAGUCUGGAGGAUCUUUUCAACUUCUGCAACCGCAAGUUCUCGCUCAAGACCGUUCUGCUUCUCGCCGACCAGCUUAUCUCUCGCAUUGAAUACAUCCACGCCAAGUCGUUCAUCCACCGUGAUAUCAAGCCCGACAACUUCCUGAUGGGCAUUGGCAAGCGUGGCAAUCAGGUCAACGUGAUCGAUUUCGGUCUUGCUAAGAAAUACCGUGACCCCAAGACGCACUUCCACAUCCCUUACCGUGAAAACAAGAACCUUACUGGAACUGCCCGUUACGCCAGUAUCAACACCCACCUGGGUGUCGAGCAGUCUCGCCGUGAUGAUAUGGAGUCUCUUGGCUACGUCAUGCUCUACUUCUGCCGUGGUUCUCUCCCCUGGCAGGGUCUGAAGGCUGCCACUAAGAAGCAGAAGUACGACCGUAUCAUGGAGAAGAAGAUGACCACCCCCACCGAGGUUCUGUGCCGUGGUUUCCCCAACGAAUUCGCCAUUUAUCUGAACUACACCCGCUCGCUUCGCUUCGACGACAAGCCCGACUACUCUUACCUUCGCAAGAUUUUCCGUGACCUCUUCGUCCGUGAGUCCUUCCAGUACGAUUACGUCUUCGACUGGACCGUCUACAAGUACCAGAAAAAUGCCGCCAUGAUUGUGGACGCCACCAAGAAGGACAAGGAUGCUGAGGACCAGCAGCGCCGUCAGGGUGUUCCUGCCGCUGGCCCCAUGGGUGCCAGUGGUGCUCCCAAGCCCGGUGCCAUCUCUAGCCAGCGUCGCAAAGUUAUGGACCGCGGCGGCCUUGACAACACUCCGGAAACCGGCCGUGCCGUGGGAGGUAGCGACAGGAUGCUGCGUUCUGCCUCGAAAGGUGCUGCUUUAGGUUAUGGACCUUCUGGUGGCCGUUCGAAGCGGGAUGAUGGAGCGGGGGCUCAGUGGUACUAA